AUGGAGAAAGUUUUUGAAGUAAACUUUAUUAAGCAGACAAUAAAAGAUAACAAAAAAGAUUCCACAUUUUACAAGCUAACAAAUGAUGAUAAAACAAAAAAUAAAGUUUCUUUGGAUGAAAAGCUCGUCCUUCAGAUGAAAUUUCAUUUGAUUUACUCAUCCACUUGCCUUCAUAAUGUUGAGAAACAGAGUUUUAUAGAUCAUUCAGAAGCAAAGAGUGAAAAUAGUUUGAAAACUUCCGCUUACCAGACAGCACUAAUUUGUGGCAAAAGUGUACAAAACUAUGCUUAA